GGGAGGGUCGAACUCAACCCGUUGCUCUCCAGCCAAUCCAUCCACCGCGCAGCUGACGGACCACGCUCACUGACUCGCACUCACCAAUCCCUCCCCCUCGGGCGGCAUGGCCGCCGCCCUCCCCCUCCCGCGCGCCGCGGCCCCGCUCGCCGUCCUCCGCGCGUUCCGUUUCGCGCCGUGGGGCGCGCCGGCGCCCCGCCGUCGGCUCCUCCCCGGGCCUCCCACAGCCGGCGAGCCCCCACCCCCGGUGCUCCCGCCUGCGUCCAAGCUCGCCGACCCCCCGGUCCUGGGGGCUCCGGAGCCCCCGCUGCCGUUUAGGGCCGCCGAGGCGGAGAUCCUCCGCGACAUCGAACCCGUCGUGCAGCUCAUCAAGGAUAUCCUCCAUUCCGACAGAUACGGAGACGGCGAAUGCCUCUGCCCGAAGGAUGAAAACGUCGUCGUGGAGAAGCUCCUGGCGUUCCAUCCACGCGCGCAGGAUAAGAUUGGCUGUGGGCUUGACGCUAUAAUGGUUGAUAGGCACCCUGAGUUCAGGAAGUCAAGAUGCCUUUUUGUUGUUCGCACAGAUGGUGUUUGGAUUGAUUUCUCAUACCAGAAGUGCCUCCGUGCAUACAUCCGAGAAAAGUAUCCGUCUCAUGCUGAGAGAUUUAUACGAGAACAUUUCAAGCGAACAUGAAGAGACUAAAAUCAGUGAUGUACUGAUAUUUAUGAGUUUUGGAAUAGUUUCUGUAAAUUAUUAGGCUGCAAGGCCUCUUGGUUUGAUUCACGUCCUAGUAUGCAUGUAUGACCGGCAUCAAUAGAGCAUGGUUGGUUACAUUAACAUAGAAACAUUUGCAUUUAUAAAGGAAUCCAUGCAAAGUUAAAUU